AUGUUUAUGAAGGCGGUGCGCGCCGCGCUAUUCCUGCUGCCGCUGCUCGGCAUUACGCACUCGCUGCAGAUGUUUGAGCCGCCGCUGGACCGGUCCGUCGCCGUCUUCGGCUGCUAUACCAUCGUACUGGCCGUGCUCGACUCGUUCCAGGGCUUCUUCAUCUGCUUUCUUUACUGCUUCAUCAACCAGGAGGUGCGGGACGCCGUGGUUAAGCAGUGGCACGACCUGAGCGACCAACGUCAGCUGCGCUGCCGGCGACAGUCCCACGUCGACCGCAAGCUGAGUUGUCGCCUGCUGCACAUGCCCAGCCACCGGCCGGGAGAGGGAGGCGCCGCCACCAACCGGACCGCCACCAGCGAAGACCUAUGA